AUGCCAAGCGACUACACAGAGUCUGGGGAAGUUCUCCAGGCUGAUAAGACACCAAUGGGUUUGUAUGCAUUCGAGAUGUAUAAAGACGAGCGAUGCCAGUCAGGGUCGAACAGCUUCUCAUCAUUCAGGGCAACAACUUCUAUUUCAGUCAACAGCAGCAUGUACAACAACAUGGAUAUCGAGAAGACCCCUCACACCAGCAUGGACGAAAACGAAUCCUGCGACUCCAAGAGUCAGGGGCUGGCCAUAUCUCCUAAACCUGAAGCUCUUCAACACCUUUCUGAUGAGGAACUCGCGGCUCUGGAGAAGCGUCUCAGGCGCAAGAUCGACCUGCGUCUGCUUCCUUGCAUGAUCCUGAUCUAUAUCAUGAACUAUCUGGAUAGAGUUCAAGAGCGCUUCUGGCACACCAGUUUGUCUAUUGCCUCUGCAGUCGCAGGCUUCAUCAUCUCAGCGUCUACCACUGUUAUUAGCCCUCGUUACUUCGGCGCCAUGAUCAUGUUGCCUGGUAUCUACUCCGGCUUCAACAUGUCCAUGGCAUGGACUGCCAACACCAACUUCCGCCCUGUGUCUAAACGAGCUGCGGCACUGGCAUUCAACAACGCGCUAGCGACUAUCUGCAGUAUCUAUGGAUCCUUCCUGUACCCCAAUGGCGCCGAGCCGCGUUUCAUCCUUGCUUUCAGCGUCAACGCCGCCAUGGCUACAAUCGCUAUCAUUGCCAGUAUUGCUCUUUAUUUAGUUUUGAAGCGUGCCAACCGGAAGUUGGAACUCAAGGAGGCUGAAGAAGAAGCUGCUGGACGACAUCUCCCAGGAUCUGGGUUCCGAUACCUUACUUAA